AUUUUUUAUUCCUAAAAAAUAAUGCAGUCUUCAGCAAGCAGAUGGAGAAUGUCUAUAAAUAUAUGAGAGUAGAAUUACUCCGAACAGAAGAGGAUAAAAAAAUCAGACGCCUAGCAAGUUCGCCAUUAUUU